UUGUUUUUGUUUUUCAGGAAAAGCCAUGGAUCUGAAUUUUGUGAGCGCUCUCUUGAUUUUUAAGUGCUUUAAAUAAAUCCAAAUGGGGGGCUAAAAAAAAAUAAAGAGUAGGGCCAAACAAAACACCUGCGGGCCAGAUUUGGCAUUGGCCUGUCAGUUUGCCAGGCAGUCUGCCAACCAGCCCUCCCUCCCUCUGACUGAACGCUGAGGGUCUACUCUUGUAGGCACUGGGAAGUACAGCAGUGAGCAAGCCACACGUGCUUGUGCACUGGGGGCUCUGGUAUGGAGCUUCUCAAACUUAAGUAUGUGUAGGAAUCACCUGGGCAGAUUCUACUCAGGAGCUCUGCAGCGGGCCUGUAAAGUUGCCUAACAAGCUCCCAGGUGAUGGUAAUGGUGGUGGUCCCUGGACCGGAGGUUGAGUUGUUCUGUAAGCCAGGGUCACAGAAACAGCUGUUACUUGGAGAGGAGUAGGGACCUUGACAUGAAGAUGCAAAUUUAUGGCAAGCAUCCUGUUUUUACUUGGAUUUUAGUUUAUUGGAGGUGGCUCGGAAGAGAACUGAUGGCAUGGGAGGCGGGUUCUAAGGCUCUCCCACGCUCUCUCUCUGGUCUCUAUUCGGAGUUUAUAUUCUAGAAGACGGGGUGGGGGUGGAGGAAGGUUUAAGGAAAGCUUCCUGGAGGAGGUACUUCCCGGGCUUCGGAGAGGGAGAAACCCAGAACUCCUGCUCGGUUAUGGCCCAGGCAUCCCACGUGUCUACCGUCCCCGACUCCCUGUCAAUCAACACACCCUUUCUUCCCCUCCCCUUCCCCGCCGCUCGGGCUGUGUGUUUAAAGGCGGCUGCGGGGCCGAGCGCACCCAGAGUGCCGCGCGGCGGGCGGGUUUGGAUUUUAAAUCCCCGCGGCCAAUCAGCGGCGCGUAGACCUUUGUAACGUUCCCGGCGCCGCGUUUGAAUUCGAGGAGGAGCCGAGCGGUGUCAGCCUCUGCCCAGACCCUGCUAGAUCGGCUCGGGGAGUCCGGGAGCAUGAGUGCGGCGGCGGCUGCAGGGAAGCUGGCGCGGGCACCGGCCGACCCAGGGAGAGCCGGGGCCCCCGGCGUUGCAGCUCCGGGGGCUCCAGCGGCCGCCCCGCCGGGGAAAGAGAUCCCGGAGGUCCUAGUGGACCCACGCAGCCGGCGGCGCUAUCUGCGGGGCCGCUUUCUGGGGAAGGGCGGCUUUGCCAAGUGCUUCGAGAUCUCGGACGCGGACACUAAGGAGGUGUUCGCGGGCAAGAUCGUGCCCAAGUCCCUGCUGCUCAAGCCGCACCAGAAGGAGAAGAUGUCCAUGGAGAUAUCCAUUCACCGCAGCCUCGCCCACCAGCAUGUCGUCGGCUUCCACGGCUUCUUCGAGGACAACGACUUCGUGUUCGUGGUGUUGGAGCUCUGCCGCCGGAGAUCUCUCCUGGAACUGCACAAACGGAGGAAAGCACUGACGGAGCCCGAGGCUCGCUACUAUCUGCGGCAGGUGGUCCUUGGCUGCCAGUACCUGCACCGAAACCGGGUCAUUCACCGGGACCUCAAGCUAGGCAACCUCUUCCUGAACGAGGACCUGGAGGUGAAAAUAGGGGAUUUUGGACUGGCAACCAAGGUCGAAUAUGACGGGGAAAGGAAGAAGACCCUGUGCGGAACUCCUAAUUACAUCGCUCCUGAGGUGCUGAGCAAGAAAGGGCACAGUUUCGAGGUGGACGUGUGGUCCAUUGGGUGCAUUAUGUAUACCUUGCUAGUGGGCAAACCACCUUUUGAGACAUCUUGCCUAAAAGAGACCUACCUCCGGAUCAAGAAGAAUGAGUACAGUAUUCCCAAGCACAUCAACCCCGUGGCCGCCUCCCUCAUUCAGAAGAUGCUUCAGAGCGACCCCACCGCCCGCCCCACCAUCCACGAGCUGCUCAGCGACGAGUUUUUUACCUCUGGCUACAUCCCCGCCCGACUGCCCAUCACCUGCCUCACCAUCCCACCCAGGUUUUCCAUUGCUCCCAGCAGCUUGGACCCCAGCGGCCGGAAGCCUCUCUCAGUCCUCAAUAAAGGUACGGAGAACCCCAUGCCUGAGCGGCCCCGAGAGAAAGAGGAACCCGCGGUCCGGGAGACCAAUGAGGCGGUCGACUGCCACCUUGGGGAUAUGCUGCAGCAGCUGCACAGCGUCAACGCCUCCAAGCCCUCGGAGCGGGGGCUGGUCAGGCAAGAGGAGGCCGAGGAUCCCGCCUGCAUCCCCAUCUUCUGGGUCAGCAAGUGGGUGGACUACUCGGACAAGUACGGCCUCGGAUACCAACUGUGUGACAACAGCGUGGGGGUGCUCUUCAAUGACUCGACUCGCCUUAUCCUCUACAACGACGGUGACAGCCUGCAGUACAUAGAGCGGGACGGCACAGAGUCCUACCUCACCGUGAAUUCCCAUCCCAACUCCCUGAUCAAGAAGAUCACCCUCCUUAAGUAUUUCCGGAACUACAUGAGCGAGCACUUGCUGAAGGCAGGGGCCAAUAUCACACCACGGGAAGGUGACGAGCUGGCCCGGCUGCCCUACCUGCGCACCUGGUUUCGCACCCGCAGUGCCAUCAUCCUGCACCUCAGCAAUGGCUGUGUGCAGAUCAACUUCUUCCAGGACCACACCAAGCUCAUCCUGUGCCCGCUGAUGGCCGCCGUGACUUACAUCAACGAGAAGCGGGACUUCCGCACGUACCGCCUGAGCCUCCUGGAGGAGUUUGGCUGCUCCAAGGAGCUGGCCAGCCGGCUGCGAUACGCCCGCACCAUGGUGGACAAGCUGCUGAGCUCACGCUCAGCCACCAACCGCCUCAAGGCCUCCUCGUAGGCCCGCCCCCUUGGGACUGGUGCCCCCGUAACCCCCACCAGCACCUUGGCCCGUUCUGGUCAGCUCCCCUGGCCCUGGUUUUUAUAGUGUGCCCUAGCCCUGGGCAUGGAGAGCCAUUACAGAUGGGGCUGCUGUGUAAGUUAUUUUUGUACAUGUUUGCGUGUGGGUUCUAUGGCCCCUCCCUUCCCUCUCACCCGCACUGUAUGUACAGAAUGUUGCUGUUGGAUUCAGGACUGUCCUUUCCCCGCCUUUAUACACAUUAAACACAUGAGAGCCUU